AGCGGAAGGGGCUGUGUGCCCCUCUCCGCAAGAUCCGGGAGCCGCGAGGCAGGUGGGAGGGGCGUGAGUGAAAGUUGCCGGCGUUGGAGCCCGCAGACCCGGCAAUGGAGCCUGGCCCGGCCGUGUCCCCCGGGCCUUCCCGUUCCUUCAAGGAGGAGCUGCUCUGCGCCGUCUGCUACGACCCGUUUCGCGACGCCGUGACUCUGCGCUGCGGCCAUAACUUCUGCCGCGGGUGCGUGACCCGCUGCUGGGAGGUGCAGGUGGCGCCCACUUGCCCGGUGUGCAAGGACCGCGCGGCUCCCUCCGACCUGCGCCCCAACCACACCCUCAACAACCUGGUGGAGAAGCUGCUGCGCGAGGAGGCCGAGGGCGCGCGUUGGACCGGCCACCGCUCCCCGCGCCUCUGCCGCCUGCACCGCGGCCAGUUCAGCCUCUUCUGCCUCGACGACAAGGAGUUGCUCUGCUGCUCGUGCCAGGCGGACCCCCGGCACCAGGGACAUCGGGUGCAGCCGGUGAAGGACACUGCCCACGACUUCCGGGCCAAGUGCAGGAACAUGGAGCAUGCGCUGCUGGAGAAAGCCAAGGCCUUCUGGGCCAUGAGGCGUUCCUAUGAGGCCAUCGUGAAGCACAAUCAGGUGGAGGCUGCCCGGCUGGAAGGGCGGAUCCGGCAGGAGUUUGACAAGCUCCGGGAGUUCUUGAGAGUGGAGGAGCAGGCCAUCCUGGAUGCCAUGGCCGAGGAGGCGAGGCAGAAGCAGCUUCUAGCAGAGGAGAAGAUGAAGCAGCUCGCAGAAGACAUGGAGGCUCUGGCCCAUGAGGUCGAGCGGCUGCAGGUGGAGAUGAAAGAGGAUGACAUUUCUUUUCUCAUGAAACAUAAGAGCCGGAAACGUCGCCUCUUCUGCACGAUGGAGCCAGAGCCCGUCCAGCCCGGCAUGCUCAUCGACGUCUGCAAGUACCUGGACUCCCUGCAGUACCGCGUCUGGAGGAAGAUGGUCAUGUGUGUCGAAUCUGUGCCUUUCAGCUUUGAUCCCAACACCGCAGCCGGCUGGCUUUCUGUGUCCGAUGACCUCACCAGCGUCACCAACCAAGACUACCGGGUCCAGGUGGAGAACCCCGAGCGCUUCCCGUCAGCCCCCUGCCUGCUGGGCUCCUGCGUCCUGUCGCAGGGCUCGCACGCCUGGGAGGUGGACCUGGGGACGCUACCCAGCUGGCGCGUGGGGGUGGUGCGGUGGCGCCAGGACGCGGGCUCAGAGGGCCGCUCGCACAGCUGCUACCACGACACACGCUCGGGCUUCUGGUAUGUGUGCCGCACGCGGGGCGUGGACGGCGACCACUGCGUGACCUCAGACCCCGCCACAUCACCCCUGGUCCCGGCCAUCCCGCGCCGCCUGCGCGUGGAGCUGGAGUGCGAGGAGGGCGAGCUGUCCUUUUACGACGCGGAGCGCCACUGCCACUUGUACACCUUCCACGCCCGCUUCGGGGAGGUGCGGCCCUACUUUUACGUGGGCGGAUCACGGGGUGACGGGCCCCCAGAACCCCUGCGUAUCUGCCCACUGCGCAUCACCGUCAAGGAGGAGCUGGACGGCUGAGGCCCGCCCUGGUCCGCUCUGCUUUCUGACUCUUCCUAAAGCCACACUCGCCUUGGUACCUCUCUGCCACCUGCCUUCUUGCCAGAACCUUCAUACUGACCUCUCCUGUUCUUUUUCGUGGCUCCAGGCCCACGUCUCCUGCCUCAUUUUUGCUCCCUUCUCUACCCACCUUGGAAAGCCAUCCAGGGGACACCUCCCUGGUCAGGCUUUUGUCAGAGUUGUGGCAUCCCCUGGAUGUGAAUUUUCUAAUCCACAUUCUCAGACUGCUAGGGAUAAUGUUUGCUUAUAGAAUGGGUCUGUUUUUAAAAUGUUGGUUUUAUCAUUUUCCUAUUGUGAUGAGGCCAGCAGACUCUGGGAGGACUGCUGUUGAAAGGAAUUUGUUACAGUUCCCAGGAGGGGGUGCCCUGCCAUGGAGAGGGGACCCCCUGGGGGGGGG